AUGGAGGGUUUCGGGGACGAUCCAGAUGGCAUGGGAUUUGAGAUGCCCAUGCUGAUGAACCAGCCGCCCCAGAUCUUCGGCGCAUACAACCCAGAUCGCUCGCCCGUGCCUCCGUCUCUUUCUGGACCUCUUUUCCACGAUGACCCAAAUAUGCAUACAGGCGAUGAGAGUAACGAUGCGAAGAGGAGAAGGAUAGCUAGGGCGUGCGAUAUGUGCCGCAAGAAGAAGAUCAAAUGCGACGGGAAAAUGCCAAAAUGUUCGCAUUGCAUCAACUACAAGACAGAAUGUGUUUUCACACAGGUGGAGAAGAAGAGGAAUCCUCCUAAGGGGGCCAAGUAUAUCGAGGGUUUAGAGAACCGCCUGGGCAGGAUGGAAACUCUUCUGAGAUUGUCCGGGCUGUUGGGAGAAGACGAUGCUGGCAAAACAGACCUUGGCACGUUAGAAAAGCGCCUCGCAGACCGGUCCUUUGCCCAAGGCAAAGCGAUGAGAAACUUGAAUCGAUCCGGUUCUGUGGGUGCAGCUGCGGCGCCUCAAGCAUCUGGAUCGCAUCAGUCCACCCCGCGCAUGGAGAGCCAGUCUAGUCCGCGAAAUUCGGUCGCGUCACCGUCGUCCCAGAAAGAGUCCGAAACGGAAGUUGAGGCGCUCUCUGAUAUGAUGUGUUCUCUUGUUACGAAUAACUGCGGAGAGACGCGCUAUAUUGGUUCCUCCUCCGGAUUCUCGAUAUUUUCGCCCAAGGGCAUCCAAUGGGUCAACGAGAAGACCGGCGAUUCUUCCUUCCAGGACAUGAUUUCUUCUGCGUACGUAGACGAUAACAAAUGGAUAUACUGGAAGCCGGAGAUCUUCAGUGAUAUAUUCGCCCGUCGUGUCUUCAAGCCAUUACCGCCGAAGGAUGAAGCCUUAUCCCUGUUCAGGGACUAUUUUGACAACUUCAACUGCAUGUUUCCGCUAUUUCACGAACCUACAUUUAUGCACCUAGCUGAACGGCAGUACUCGCGCGACCCGUACGAAGGAUCUGGGUGGUGGGCAAGCAUCAAUGUCGUCCUGGCGAUCGCACAUCGACUUCGGGUUAUGAGUAACCUGGUACCUCAGGAGGAGGAUAAAAAGGCUUGGCUUUACCUGAAGAAUGCCAUGGGAGUCUUGACAGAGCUUACAAUGAGGAAUACGGACUUACUGAGUGUCCAGGCCUUGUUGGGAAUGUCCCUAUUUCUGCAAGGAACUCCUAAUCCGCAGCCCUCCUUCUUCCUCGUGGCGGCAGCAAUUCGACUUUCUCACAGCAUCGGCCUUCAUAAACGGGGUUCUGGCUUUGGCUUGAACCCGGUUGAGGUGGAGCAGCGCAAGAGGGUAUUCUGGAUCGCUUACCUUCUUGACAAAGAUAUAUGUUUGCGUUCCGGUCGACCCCCGGUACAAGACGACGAUGACAUGAAUGUCGAGCUUCCCAGCGAAGAUCCUCCAGACAACAUCGGUAAUAUCCCGCUGUCUGACGGCAAAGGAAAAUUCAACCUAUUCAGAGCGAUGUGCACAUUUGCCACUAUCGAGAGUAAGGUGUAUAAGCGGUUAUACUCCACGAGAGCAGCGAAACAAUCUGAUGGAGAGCUCUUAAAUACAAUUGGGGAGCUAGAUAGAGAGCUCGAAGAGUGGAAAGAGAGCAUCCCCUUGGAUUUCCGGCCCGAGUACGAGAUCAAGGCAUCCCAUACUCCGUUGAUUCUCCAUCUCGUUGUCCUCCAUUUCUCCUAUUACAACUGUCUUACAACCAUCCAUCGGAUGUCGGUUCAUCAUGGAUACUGGACCAGCAGGCUCUCCAACUACGCCAUACAAGGUCUGAAUGCCCGGCCACUCAACCCCAGGGUCUUCUCGUCAGCAGUGCUCUGCGUUGCCGCAGCGCGAGCAUCGAUAAAUCUGAUCAAAUACAUUCCACAAGGAGAUUUUGCCUGCGUAUGGUUGAUUCUGUAUUAUCCUGUCUCAGCGCUGGUUACUCUCUUUGCCAACAUCCUCCAGAAUCCCCAGGAUGCUCGAGCUCGCUCUGACGUCAAGUUGAUGAACUUGGUCGUCAACUUCUUGUCGAUGUUGGUUUCAGAUGAGUCGAAUGGCAGCGUGAAGCGCAUGCUUAGUGUCUGUGCUGAGUUCGAACGAAUUGCAAAAGUCGCGCUUGACAAAGCAGAGAAAGAGUCACACACGAAAAGAAAACGCAAGGUCGGCCCGGAGGAGAAGGAUUCCCAAUCUCAGCCCAGUGCGGCAGAGCCCCAGACACCGACUUCCUCAAGGCCUUCCGAAGCAGCGCAGACUUCCUUUUCACCUACAUCUCUUGACAACACUAAUCCGAGUGCUUUCAAUCGGAUGAACAAUGGCAUAAGCUCUCCGUCUGCCAAUCCUGUAAACGGCGGUGUCCCUCGCGGAUCGAACGGCGAUGACACCUCGAACAUGCCGAAUUUCAGUCAAGAGUUCCAGGACAUGCUCAGCCCUAACGGCCUGGGACAGGUUGGAUUUAAUGAUCAGCAGCCGUUCUCAACCUCUUCCACGGCAGGGAUGAAUGUUCCCUCCUUCCAACAACCGUUUGUCCCCCAGGACCUAUGGCAGAUGCCUAUGACUCUCGAAUGGGACUGGGCGGAUAUGGCCAAUACUAAUUUUCCUAUAUUUGAGAAUGGAGAUGGACCAGGUGGCCCGCAAGGAAAUGGGCCAUGA